UUGUGUGCGCGCCGCUGCUGGUGUUGUGAGGAUGUUGCUGUUUGUGUGUUAGCGUGGAGCUGGGGCGGUUAUGUUCCUGCUUUACUUAUUUCAGAUUUUUUUGGUCUAGCGCUGCGAGGGGACACCUUAGAAACAUGGCUGGUGUGCCUGUGAACAAAUUCCAAAUGCUUUUUAUCAUUUGACCAAGAGAGACGGAAGAGCACACAAAGGCAGUUGCUCGGUAGUGAUGGAGUCUGCCAUGUACGUCAUGGGCUGCGUACGAGUUGAUCUUGUCCGGGACACAGAACGCUUUGUUUUGCCGUAGAUUCAGAAGAGAUUUUGGGGAUUUUUUUAUUAUUAUUUUAUUUUAUCAUCAGGCUUUUUCGCUGCUUUGUUUUAAUCGAUCGACCGGGACCAUGUCGGACCCGAGCUACUGGACUGCUCUGCCGAGUUAUAAGACUCACUAUGUGACGGGCGCAUUGCUGCAGCGCUCCAAAAGUUGCCGCAGCAGCAACCGCAAAAGUCUUGUUGUUGGAACACCUUCUCCCACCCUGUCCCGCCCCCUCUCUCCUCUGUCCGUGCCGACAGCUGGAAGCAGUCCUUUGGAAAGUCCCAGAAACCUGUCCACCAGCACUGCUCUUAACUUCCCCUUCGCUCGCAGUCAUGUGCCCAGGACUGACAGGGCGGAUGGUCGAAGAUGGUCUUUGGCUUCUCUCCCCUCUUCUGGCUAUGGUACCAACACCCCCAGUUCGACUGUCUCAUCUUCAUCCUCUUCCCAGGAACACUUGCACCAGCUACCCUACCAGCCCACCCCGGACGAGCUGCAUUUCUUGUCAAGACACUUCCGGAGCACAGAGAGCAUGACGGACGAGGAGGGGCGCCACUCGCCCUCCCUGCGCCACCGGUCACGCAGCCUAAGCCCUGGAAGGACAAGUGGCUCGUUUGAUAAUGAGAUUGUUAUGAUGAAUCACGUGUACAAGGAGAGAUUCCCCAGGGCCACAGCUCAGAUGGAGGAGCGGUUGCAGGAUAUCAUCACCACCUUCUCUCCAGACAGCACCCUGCCCUUGGCUGAUGGGGUCCUGGGAUUUAUCCACCACCAGCUGGUAGAGCUGGCCAGAGACUGCCUGGACAAGUCCCUUGAAGGCCUGGUCACAUCCCGCUACUUCAUUGAGCUGCAGGAGAAACUGGAGAAGAUGCUACACGAGGCCCAUGAGAGAUCGGAGAGUGAGGAGGUCCCAGUGAUCGAUCAGCUGGUGAAGAAGAUCCUGAUUGUCAUCUCGCGUCCCGCACGACUGCUGGAGUGCCUGGAGUUCGACCCUGAAGAGUUUUAUCACCUGUUGGAAGCUGCAGAGGGUCAUGCAAAGGUCGGUCAGGGAAUCAAGACUGACAUCCCCCGCUACAUCAUCAGCCAGCUGGGACUCACCAAGGACCCCCUGGAGGACAUGGUUCAGCUGGAACAAUACGACUCUGCCAGUACUCUCGUACCAGAUACAGAUGAGUCUUUAGAUCACAGUCGGGCCUCCUCCACUCCGUCACGAAGAAAACCGAGAGAGAGCGACUUUGACACCAUCAAACUGAUCAGCAACGGGGCCUAUGGGGCGGUGUACCUGGUGAGACACAGAGACACUCGGCAGCGCUUUGCAAUGAAGAAGAUCAACCGUCAGAACCUGAUCCUGAGGAACCAGAUCCAGCAGGUGUUUGUGGAGCGAGAUAUCCUGACCUUCGCGGAGAACCCCUUCGUGGUCAGCAUGUUCUGCUCCUUCGAGACGCGGCGCCACCUCUGUUUGGUCAUGGAGUAUGUGGAAGGUGGCGAUUGUGCAAACCUGCUGAAGAACAUGGGCCCACUCCCAGUAGACAUGGCUAGGAUGUACUUUGCUGAGACCGUGCUGGCGUUGGAGUACCUUCACAACUAUGGAAUCGUACACAGAGAUCUCAAACCUGACAAUUUGUUGAUUACAUCGAUGGGACACAUCAAACUCACUGACUUUGGGCUCUCGAAAAUUGGCCUUAUGAACAUGACAACCAAUCUAUAUGAAGGACACAUCGAGAAGGACACCAGGGAGUUUAUUGAUAAGCAGGUGUGUGGCACUCCGGAGUACAUCGCCCCUGAGGUGAUCCUGCGGCAGGGCUACGGGAAGCCGGUGGAUUGGUGGGCGAUGGGCAUCAUCCUCUACGAGUUCCUGGUGGGCUGCGUGCCUUUCUUCGGAGAUACACCGGAGCAGCUGUUUGGGCAAGUCGUCAGCGAUGACAUCAUUUGGCCUGAAGGGGGUGAUGCCCUGCCUGCCGAUGCCCAGGAUCUUAUCACCUGCCUACUCAGGCAGAGCCCCCUGGAGCGCAUUGGCACGGGUGGGACCUUUGAGGUGAAGCAGCAUCCCUUUUUCUAUGGGCUGGACUGGAAUGGGCUUCUCCGUCACAAAGCAGAGUUCAUCCCACAGCUGGAGGCCGAGGACGACACCAGUUACUUUGACACGCGGUCUGAACGAUAUCACCACCUGGACUCUGAAGAGGACGAUGAAACCAACGAUGAGGAAUCCUCUCUGGAAAUCAGGCAGUUUUCAUCCUGCUCACAUCGAUUCAGCAAGGUACAGCAACAUCAAGUGUACAGCAGCUCGGAGUACCUGGCGAACCCCUCCAAUCUGAGCUUCUCCUCGACAGAGCGCAGUCACAGUGAGGAGAAGGAGGAGAACAGUGGAGACCAGAGACUCAUGUCAAGCAGCACAAGGCAGUACCUUCGGCCCAGGGCCUCCUCCAGCUCCUCCCAGCCCGAGCGCAGUGCCAGCCCCCUGGUGAUGAGCAGCACACACAGCCUAGAGACCAUGCCUCGACUGGCCUUCAGCACCGAGGACCAGGCGGAUGUUGUGGUCCCCAGUCUUCAGCGGAUUCGCCUGCGCAGUAACAGCACCGGCACCAAGCACUCCACUCCCCAGGAUCACUUGCGCAGCCACCGCUUCGGACACCAGCUGGACACCCCAGAGAAACCCAGAGUGCUUCCCAGGAACAAGGUCCCCAAGUCAGCCUCGGUGUCGGCCCUGUCCCUCAUCAUCACUGCCGACGACAUGGGGAGUGGACCCACGGCGAGUCCCAUCUCUCCACACUCUCUCUCCUCCAACCCCUCCUCGCGAGAUUCUUCCCCCAGUCGUGACAUCUCCCUGGGCGCCAGCAGCCUGCGGCCGCCCAUCAUUAUCCACAGCUCCGGGAAGAAGUACGGCUUCACCCUGCGAGCCAUCCGCGUCUUCCUGGGAGACAGCGACGUCUACGCUGUGCACCACAUGGUCUGGAGUGUGGAGGAGGGCAGUCCGGCUCACGAGGCAGGGCUGAGAGCUGGGGAUCUCAUCACACACGUGAACGGGGAGUCCGUGCGGGGCCUGGUGCACACGGAGGUGGUUGAGCUGCUGCUCAAGAGUGGUAACAAGGUAGCUCUGCAGACGACUGCCAUGGAAAACACCUCAAUCAAGACCGGGCCGGCCCGCAAGACCAGCUGUAAGAGCAAGAUGGCUCGGAGGAGCAAGAAGAACCGCAAGGACGGGCAGGACAGACGGCGGUCGAUCUAUAAGAAGCUCUCCAAACAGCCGACUGUCCUACACACCAGCCGCAGCUUCUCCUCCGGGCUGCAGCACUCUGUGUCCUCCAGUGAGAGUGUGCCGGGGUCCCCCACACACAGCCUGUCCCCCGGACCCUCCACCCCCUCCCGCAGCCCCGCCCCGGAUCUGCCCUCGGACACCAAUUCUCCCCCCAGCACAUCCCCUUGCUCCAGCACUCCCAGCUCCCCAGCAGGACACAUCCGCCCCAGCUCCCUGCACGGCCUGGCCCCCAAACUGAGCAACCAGCGCUACAAGGUGGGACGCCGCAAAUCAACCAGCAGCAUCCCCCCCUCCCCGCUGGCCUGCAACCCCUGCCCACCCCCUCAGCCCCCCUCUCCCCAGCGCUCCCCCUCCCCUCUGCCUGGCUUCACCAAGAGUCUUCACUCUUCCUACCAUGGCAAGACCCUCUCCCCUCCAACCAUCAUCCGUCACGCCGUCCGACCCCGCAGCGGCGAGCCCCCUCGAUCCCCCCUCCUCAAGAGGGUCCAGUCUAAUGAGAAACUGUCUGCUUACCAUGGAGAGAAGAAGGGCUACGUGCCACGCAAGCGCACGCUGGAAGUCCUGGACACUGGUGAAGCUGUAGGGGACUCUGAGGGGGAGUGUGGCACUGCGUUGGGAUACAUGGGCUCCAGUGUGAGCGAGCAGGGUCGUCUCAGCUACCUGGGAGCCCAGAGACUUAGAGACGAUGACAUGGUGGUGAUGAGGAAACUGAACCUGUCUGAGCGCAGGGACUUUUUCAAGAAGCAGGAAGCGGUGCAGGAGGUGAGCUUUGACGAGCCCGAUGUGGGAGUGUCCAGCGAAGAGCCACAGCAAAAGGGGCCUCCCGCGUGCAGCCGGCAGUUCAAAGCAUCUUGGAUUGAGAGCGACCAGAAGGGAGAAGGGAGGAAGACUUGCGUGCCUCAGAUUGCUGUGCAGGGCUCAGAAGAGGAGAAGUCCUGGGAGUGUCAGGAGCUGUACUCCAUGUGCCAAGAUGGAGAGAAAGAGAAGGAGGAGGAGAGGGAGGCGACUGGAAGACCAAUACCAGUGCUGCUCACAUCAGAGGAUGAUUUGGGAGUCAGGAAAGGGCAAAGGACCACAUCCGCUGACAUGUCACAUGCCAUGUCAGAAAAGUACAAUUUGAAUGAGAAGCCAGGAAAGGAGGACCUGUCUCUCUCACAUGGGAGAAGGAAAGGGAAGAUGAAAGAAUAAACUGUUGGGUUUUUAACCCAUAUCUGAAGGAAUUUAAUGAAUAAAUACAUUCCAGUCUUUGAUCGCUCACAAAUGCCCUGUCUUCACGCAACCUAUGACAAUUUUAAGACCAAACUGUCACCAAAAGAGAGUUUUCUACAAAAACAGAGACUAACCUUAUUUAUGCAGGCCAACGUUUUUUGAUUUUGUAAAUGUAUUUUUUAAAAAAGGAGUGUUUUUGCCAGAAUUUAUUUAUGACUUUUUGUAAUAGGAUUUGUAGCUGGGGCCAAGAGAAACGCUGAACUGUGUUUAAAAUGUGUGUUCUGGGGCACCAGGCCUUUACUAUUUUAUAACUUAAAAGGACUUUCCUAAACCAAAUUUCUAGAUACACACCAUUGUUCAAUACUAAGUUAGAAACCUUAUUUACAAUUUUCUACUUAAACUAGUUGACAGUAGAUUUAUUAUGAAAAACGCCACUGACUUCUCAGACAAAACAAAAACUAAAGCCUGUUUUACACCACCAGAUUCUUAUGGUUCAAUAAACUUUAUAACCAUGUAUUUUUCUUCUUUUAAACUUUUAACUUUGUAGAUCAUUUUCUAUUUCUGUAAUCCCAUCAUGGUGACUUUUUUUAAGCUAGUUUAAAGCACCUCUGUGGCCUCAGUAGAGCUCUCAAACAUCUAAUCUCCAAAGUACAGCGGGUACACCAGAGUGUAACCAUUAACUUGUCGCUCCUGGAAAUGUCCUAAAAGCAAAUGUGGCGUUUCUUACAUCUCCUGGAAGUGUUGCAGGAGGACAGGUUAAUAGUUACACUCUGGUGUACCUGCUGUACUUGGAUGUUAGUUUCUAAGAGUUUUGUGACAGAAAGAGAAAGUAAAUGUAAGCAAGGGGAAUGCAGUGAUGAGCAGUGUUUCACAAUGUAAGGAAGGGGAAUGCAGUGAGCGGUGUUUCACAGUGUAAGCAAGGGGAAUGCAGUGAUGAGCAGUGUUUCACAAUGUAAGCAAGGGGAAUGCAGUGAGCGGUGUUUCACAGUGUAAGCAAGGGGAAUGCAGUGAGCGGUGUUUCACAGUGUAAGCAAGGGGAAUGCAGUGAGCGGUGUUUCACAGUGUAAGCAAGGAGAAUGCAGUGAUGAGCGUGUUUCAGUGUAAGCAAGGAGAAUGCAGUGAUGAGCAUGUUUCAAUGUAAGCAAGGGGAAUGCAGUGAUGAGCAGUGUUUCACAGCUUGCUGAGGUGUGCUGUAAUACUAUUCUCAUGUCAGGGAAGCAAAGUGUUCCUAACGUGACUGUUGCUCUAAUAAGACCACUAAUUUAAUUAGAUAAGUUUUGAUAACUGUCAGAUACAAGGGGAUAUGUCCCUUCCCUUACCCUAACUUAAAGAUAAAUCUUUUUGUGUAAACCAGGCUUUUUAUACGAUCUUCAUUUCAGAACUAAAAAAGAACUACAUUUAUCACCUUUAAACCAAAUAUAGGGUAUCCUGUCCUUAACUUGAAAAAUAUGUUAUUACAGCCUCUGUAAGCAACGAUGUGUGCCCACGCUUAAAUGAAGGAGACUAACUCGACUUUAUAUUCCAGACACACUUGUCUGUUUUUCAAGGGGUAGUGAUUUUAGCAUCUUUUUACAUUUUGUGAAUCAUUUUUUUGAAAAGGCAUGAGUAGCUGGAUGUUGAUCCUAGCUUUUUCAUUUCAUUUCUGCUCCUGUCAGCUUUUCUCCAACAGCUGUUUGUAGAGCUUGCCAAAAAAUACAUUAAGAAGCAGGGUUUGCUGGGCAUUAUACCUGUAAGGGCUUGAGACAUAGGCAUUUUAGUAGGUAGGAUAAAUCCUAAAACUGCAUUGAAGUUUUACUAGUUUAGCAGCACAGUAUUAAAUGAACCGAAUAAAAUUAAUAUAAAGAGGUAGCAUAUUACUGACUAUACAUGUAUUGUAUAAAUAGGGUGAUUUUAAUAAGUUAUGAUUUUAGUAAAACUGAAAAACUUAAAUGCCAAAACCUUCGACCUAGAAGCCUUUCCUCAGUGUCUUAGAGUUUUGUUUGAAACGUUUGACAUGAAAUGUACUGUUUAUUUUAAUAUUUCAACAUGUAGCACGAUUUGAGUUUUAUAGUUAUGGAUUUUAACCAGAAAACAACACCUGAAAGAAAAGAAAAUCUGUGUUUUGUAAAGAGUACCAGAGGCUAAUCAUUUUGUUGAGGUACUGCACACCCCGUUCAUUUGAGUCAUUCUCUGGAUGCAUCAGAACUCCAGUACUUGAUUGCUGCAUAUGCAGGGUGGUUAACCAUGCACCACGGGAACAAAUAUUAGUAUGGAACAUGUCAUAGACAACUCAGGCCAGGGGCACUGGAAAACUUAAUGAGGACACUGAAAACCCAGGAUUUUUACAGGACUAAGUUAAGACUGCCAACAUCACCUGAUACAAUCCUAGCUAACGAGUCAAAGAACAAAAUCACCCUGCAUAUUCACUCCAAGACCAGGUGUGUAAUAUCAGAAUAACCCACGUGGUCUGGGUUAGAUUAAUUUUGUACAUUCACUUUUCUGUUCGAGAGCUGUCAAACUUCUGUCUAGGUUCAUCUGGUUCACCAGAGUGUAAUGGUUAACACCUUCCCCUGCAACACCCUAGUGGAUGUAAGAAACAGAUCAAUGAGAGAGACAACAGAGGGAUGUGGCAUUUCUCAUGUGUGCACUGUGUGUUGGUUUGAGAGCUCUUGAAGCCACAGGGGUGCUUUUAUUUAUUUAUUUAUUUUUAAAGCUCUAAAUUAAUUACAUUUAACUUUUCUACACUUUAGUAUCAUGAAUAUUUGCCACAUUGUGAGCUGCACGUGUUGGUUAGCGCUCGUGCCUCACAAUGCCAGGGUCCUGGGUUCGAUUCCAGCCUAGGGGUCUGUCUGUGUAUUGUUUGCAUGUUCUCCCUGUGUCUGCGUGGGUUUUCUCCGGGUACUUCGGUUUCCUCCCACAGUCCAAAGACAUCCUGUUCAGGUAGAUUGGUCACUGUAAAUUGCCCUAUGUGUGUGGUGCCCUGCAAUGGACUGGCAUCCCGUCCAGGGUGUAGUCCUGUCUUGCAUCCUGUGUCUGCCAGGUUAGGCUCCGCCUCAUACAUUAUCAAAAUGAGUCGCUGUAGAAGAGGUGUAGUUUUAACAAUUGGUUUUGUCAAAAAAAUGUUGUUUAAGCCAUUGGCCAAAACCCAUCCCUUCCCACUAAGAGUCAGUGUUUAGUGUGGCAGACUCCAGCCUGCCCUUCCUUCAAAGGGGUGAGAAUGAGCAGGAAUAUUGCCUACUUACUCAUUCAUGCGUAAACAUCCAUUACGUAGCAAAAGAAGGACUUUUUAUGUAAAUUUUCGGACCAUUGAAAGCUAAAAGUCUGAACUGACCGGAUGUUUUAGGUUUGACCAGAAAUAACUUUGCUUUUGAUCUGGAAUUUUAAUGUAAAUGUUGAUUUUUAAGCUAUUUUAAAAUCAAGCUUUUAAAGGGUACUUGUAUGUGUAACAGGGUUUUACUUUUUAUAUAAAUACCACACAUUUUAACUUGCAUUUGUUAUUGACUAGCUCAAUUUUUCAUGUAUUUGCUGAUUUU